AUGCGUUUCCGGCCGGCAUACACCGCGCUGGCUAUCUUCUUCUUCGUCUUCCAGACGACAUGUGUUCCUAUCAGAGUCCGGUCGUUGCAGAUUCCCGGACUCGAAGCUAUCGGGCAGAAUGUCCAAUCGGUACUCCGUACGACAGCCGGCACACCGAGAGCUGAAGCACGACGGGAACAUGGACGCGAAUCAACGAUUGACUGGCGAGAAGAUGGAAUCUUAAGACGAGAGUCAGAGCGCGAGGCUGGGUUUCCUCCUGGAUCCCUUGGCGCGUAA